GCGCUUUCUGUACAUAAUGGAUCCUGACGAAGAGAUGGACUUCGACCGUCUGUAUGAGGAAGAGCUGGAGCUAAUGCGAGAUAUACACAGUUCAUUGAGCGAAACGACGUUGGUUUCAUCGUCUGCUCUUUCACAACCCGCCAGGAAAUCACUUUCCUUUCACGCUAUGAGUCCGGAAGUCAGUAGAAAAUCUAUCAACGAUGACAAAGCAAUGAUGGUGGAGAGUCCACUGCCUGCAAUGUUGACGUCACCUGCAGCUGCGUCGAGCUGUGCCGCUGUUGUACAGACAAGCAGAUGUGGUGAAACGAAGAGAGACGGAGAAGAAAACGGGAGGAAAUACACCCUGGAUGAGAGAUAUGGAUUACUGUCUUCUGACAGUGAGGAUGAAAGUGGAGACACUGUUGUGCCCACUGCUCUUGCGUCUGAUGACAAUCAUGCUGCUAAGCGUCCCAGGAUAGCAACAUCAUCUUCUAAGACCUCAUAUAGUGACUUUCCUGAAGCAGGAGAUGAUAGUAUUGUUAGCUUUGAGAGGCCACGACCUACAAGAGUUGAUAGGCAUCAACGAAGACAACAUUUUCUCGUCAGGCCUCCCAUUGGACCCUUUGUAACUGUGACAGCACGUAAUGGCAAAAGAAUGUACUUGAAAUUGAAAGAGCCGUCCAAAGAAGUGACCGCCAUGUCUAGCUGCGGUCAGUUACUCUCUGUUUCUGUAACUCGGCUUCGACAGUGGGCGGAAGAUGAGAGAUACAGGAGACUGAUCGAAGAGUCCACAAGACUCUCUGAUGAACUAAAAGGUGCUAGUAGAGAAUCACUGGAAGACAAUGAAGGCAACGAAGGUGUCAAGGAUGUUGAGAUGUUGGAAAAGAAAGAAGAAACAACAAACUCUGAAUACACUUUGUGGGUGGACAAGUACUCACCUAGGCAAUUUACAGAAUUGCUCAGUGAUGAUGGGACCAACCGGCUCUUGUUGUCAUGGCUGAAACUGUGGGACGGAGUAGUGUAUGGUGAGCAUGCUCUGUUAGGGAAGCAGCCACUUGCUGUGAAAGUGGAGAACAAAGUAGCAGCGAAAAAGACGUGGAAAUCAGAUGAGAAAACUAAUGUCAGUGUCCAAAACAAGGAUUGGUCGGCAGAUCCUUUGAAGGGCCUUGAUGCAAGCGGACGUCCUGAGCAGAAGAUUGCAUUGUUAUGUGGAUCUCCUGGAUUGGGUAAGACUACUCUUGCUCAUGUUGUUGCGACACACUGUGGUUACAAUGUAGUCGAAAUGAAUGCCAGCGACGAUCGCUCUCCAGAAAAAUUUCAGCAGUGGCUUGAAUCAGCUACUCAAAUGCAGUCCGUCUUGAAUUCUGACCGAAAACCAAAUUGUCUGGUGAUUGAUGAAAUAGAUGGAGCACCAACGCCUACAAUAAAUGUAUUGUUGUCGCUUAUUAAGAAGAUGCCCACUGGAGGUAACAGUAACACUAAACACAAAAAGGGCAAACGAAAAGCAAGUGGAGUACUGUUGAGGCCUGUGAUAUGCAUUUGUAAUGAUCUCUAUGUGCCGGCGUUAAGACAACUGAGACCUCAUGCACUUGUUUUGUCAUUCUCAUCGACCGUCACUGUGAGACUGGCCAGCAGGUUGCAAAAGGUGACACGUAUUGAGACGAUGAGAGCGGAGAUGUCAGCUCUGAUGUCGUUGUGCGAGAAGGCAGAUAACGACAUUAGAUCUUGUCUCAACACUCUUCAGUUUAUUCACAAGCAGGGUGGGUCUCUUACCAUUCGUACUGUUUGCGACGUUCACGUUGGACAAAAGGAUGCACAUAAGAGUUUGUUUGAGUUGUGGCAAGAUGUUUUUAGGCUACCAAAGAACCAGAGAUCUGAUAAACCUUCCCUAAGUACAAUUGGAUGGAGCUUUCAGUCGCCAUUGGAAAGAACGAGACAGACCUCCAGAGACGGUUCUGUUUCUGCUUCGUCUCUCCAAAUUCGUUUCAGACACGUCCUGUCUGCAGCACAAGCUAAUGGCGAACACAAUAAAGCACUCCAAGGUAUCUUUGAGAACUACCUGAAUGUCAAAGUUAAAGACCCAAGACUUGAAGCUCUAAGUUUGGCUCAAGAUUGGUUCUGUUUUGCUGAUCAUGUGCAGCAGAGCUUGCUAACUUCUCAGCAAUUUGCUCUUCAAGCCUACAUGCCAUUCGUACCUGUAGCCUUUCAUCUGCUGUUUGCUAAUCCCGCACCAGUGAAGGUUAUGUAUCCACGUGCUCAAUAUGAGGUCACAUCCUAUUUGAAUCGAAAUGUUAAUAUACUGAAUUCCAUGACUCUUGACAUGUGCCCGAGUCUUCGGCGAGCUUUCAAUCUUCAGAUGGCAACCAUGGAGCUGUUGCCUUCAUUUGUACAAAUUGUAUCUCCCAACUUCAGACCGAUUAGUGUACAGUUGUUUACGAAGCAAGAGAAAUGUCAGUUGAGAGAUCUGGUGGACACGAUGAUUUCAUACAAUGUCACCUAUCGACAAAACAGGGGAGAAGAUGGACAAUACGUUUAUGCUCUGGAUCCGAAUAUCGAGCUACUUACAUUGUACCCAGACAUGCCUCAGCGUAAGCAAAUGCCAUACGUUUCCAAACAACUUAUUGCUCGUGAAAUUGAACUUGAGAAAAUGAGACAAGCUUUUCCAAGCAAGAUGGAAAUUGAGCGAUCCAAGGUGCCCCCUGUGACUAGGCCGAAUACUGCACAAGGACAGAAGUCUGUGAGUGUUACAACGAAACUAACACCACAGAAACCGCUUGCUAUUAGAGAGAAGUCCGAGAAAGACUUCUUCGGUCGUGUUGUGAAAGCCAAGCCAUCAAGUGCCAUUCCCAAGUCACAUGCGUCCCAAUUGUUGUGGUUUCGUUUCAACGAGGGAUUCUCCAAUGCGGUUCGUCGAACUGUGAGAGUGCAGGAUCUUCUGUGAUCCUUCGAGGAUACAUGUAGCAGUGACAUGUACGCACACAACAGAGCCGACUGUGAUGAUGACACACGAACA